AUGGUGCACAAUACCGUACAGGACAAGCUUGACUUCGGCGGAUUCGUCUGGCCCCACGUGCGCAUACUCAGUGUAGGAUGUGAGGCUGACUUCACGCGGCUGUCGAAGGCAUUCCCCGCUGUUCGCGAUCUUAGCCUUACCCAUUUCGUGGCUUCCUGUUUUACGGAGGACCGAGACAAUACAUGGGCGAAUCUCGUUGAUCAGCAGGCCUUUCGCAUUGUGCCUCUUGCGUGCCACGCCCGUCGGCUCAGUUUGUACAAGCGGCAAUUCCGAGUCUAUCCGUAUACCGCACACUGCAUCGAGCUUUGCUCCCCGAUUGUGGUGUCCUGCGGGAUGGACGUGGAACUGCAGGACUGUUUCAGGAUGAUCUACUAUCCGUUGUAA